AUGGAUUCAAGUAAUUCUCAGGAUGAUUCAUAUUAAAAAGUACAAUAAAAUUGUGAAUUAAGGAUUCACUGCUUGAUUUGAUUUUAAAACAAAAAAAACCUGAAUGUUAUGAAAAUGAAAAAUUAUCGAUUGAUUUCUCUAAUUCAAUCAUGAGUUUAGGUAUGUACAAGAAACCGAAACAAAUUUAUAUCCAAAAUACUCAUCACACAAAAGAAAUUCACAUUUCAAUGAUUAAAGGUAAACCAACCAAUUUAUUUAAGAGAUUAGAGAUCAAUCAGUCUUUUAAGUAAAAUAGAUAUCUUAAAAUAAGAGAAAAAUAAAAAAAUAAUAUCAUAUAAUAGAUAAAUAUAUGGUGAAGACUAAUAAAUUGAAGCAAGAGUACAAAGAGUAAUAAAUACAGUCAGAAGAAAAAGUUGUCUUUGUUCUAAUUGUGGCCAAUAAAGUGAGUUUGAGAAACGGUCAAAUACAUUUUAGAUAAGACCCUAGCAUCAAAUUAAUUCAGAAUUGAGAAUAAUGAAAUACAAUACAAGAAAUUAAAUCAGGUAGCAAUCUUUAAUUAGAAUGCAUAAAAUACAAUAAUUAUAAACCAAAAAAUUUCAUAUUUCAAGUUUGUCAACUUAGAUGGAGAAUCAGAUUCAAUAUAAUUAAACACCUGUAUUAGUAGAACCGCCUUUAGUUGAAUUAAAGAUAGAUUUCAAAAAGAGAAUGACUCCUAAACCAGUUGUAUUAAAGUAAUAUCUUCCUACACAGAAAAAUUAUUUUGUAAAUCAAUAUCAUAUAACAACGAGAGUUAAAAUAAAUAAUACUCCUAUUUAAAAAACUCUUCCAUCCCUUUAAUCCUUUACUUAAAGCAGGAAACAUCUUUUUCAAAAUAAAUUCAAUUGA